GACAAAGAGGGAGGAAGUUCCCAUAUGGCAGGACUGGGUCGUGCCUGGCCAUUUAGUUGUUCUUGUAAAGUAAAAGGCAUCUUUCGAAUGACAGAAUCUCAGCUACGCAGUAAAAUAGCUAGAGAUGUAGCCCAUGAAUAAAAAACGAGAUAUUUACUGUAACGUUUGUGGCAAAGUUGCGAAUGAAAGUAAAUGAUUGUCGUAGUCCCGCAGAGGAGUUAGCGAAACCUUGCAAACAAGAAGUUAGUGAAGUUAGUCACUACUACAAGUUGGUAGAUAAUUGAAGCUUCUUGUUAUUUAUGUUGCAAGUUUUUUUUUGUGUGUGCAUAUUUUAGUAGAUGGAAAGCUUUUGAUGUGCUUGGACAUAUUGCACAUAUUAAAUAAUAUGUUCAGGAUAGGGUAUUUCCUGUUGUUAUGACCUUAAACGUUGUCCUUCCUUAUUUAAGGUUUUAUUAAUCCAUGGCGGACAGGGUACUACCACAGUGGAUGUCAAAGGGAGGAAACCAUGGCAACAGCGGGCAAAAGCAGACUCAAAAAAGUUUGUACAAAAAAAACAUCUUGGAGGACAGUCUGCAGUAUCUGGAAUUCAGUGGUACAGUUGUCUACAGCCGUGAGAAAAACGAUUGCUCCUUUUUGUCUGAGGAUUUAAGGUCCCAGCUUACACCUGGUUCUGCAGUGGGCUUUGAUAUGGAGUGGCCACCCAGCUUUACUAAAGGACAGAAGCAGAAAGUUGCUCUCAUCCAGCUGUGUGUUUCUGAUCAUAAAUGCUAUCUCUUUCAUCUCUCCUCCAUGCUAGGGUUUCCUGCUGGUCUGAAGAUGUUACUAGAGGAUGACACCAUCAAAAAGGUUGGGGUGGGCAUUGAAGGAGACAUGUGGAGACUAUUAAGUGAUUUUGAUAUCAAAUUAAAGAAUUUCCUGGAACUGACAGACUUGGCAAAUGAAAAACUCAGGUGUGCGGAGAAGUGGAGCCUGGAUGGGCUUGUGAAGCACCUGUUCAACCGGCAGCUGAAGAAGGACCGGGAUGUCCGCUGCAGUUCAUGGAACGACUUCGAUCUCACGGAGGAGCAGAAGAGAUAUGCAGCUACGGACGCUUAUGCUGGACUGAUAGUUUACAAUAAACUGGAGACGAUGAGUCCUGAAACUGUUUCACAGGUUUCAAUCAAGGAGAAAUUGCUCUGCUUGGCCUCUGAGAUGGAGGAACUUGCACAUCAUGUUCCUGAGGACCCCAGUGUCAUACCUAGUAUUGCAGAGGUUGUAGAAGACAUGGCUGUGAAGCUUGGAGCUUUAAGGGACUCCCUGCUGGGGUGUGACAGGACGCCGUGUACCUCAAAGAGCCAGCGCCAUGUGGAGGAGCAAGACCACUCGCAAAAGGCGACGGCUGCGGGAUGUGAACCGUCCAUAAUUGUGGAUGGGAAUCUCAACAUUCCUCGUCAAUCUGCUGGUUUGGAAGAUGUCAGGGAUUGUCAGCCUAAAUGCGGAGAGGGCGUUAUGUCCCUGGAUAUAUCCGAAUAUGAGCUCCAGAUGCUGGAGAUGCAAGCCUGGCAGGAAGAGAUGGAGGAACAGAGUACUUUGGAGUUCCAGGACAAGGAAGCCUUGAAUGAUUCAGCAGAUCUCUCCUGUUUGACUGAGGGUGAUGAAGAUCUGGAUCAGGAAAUGCUUCAGUGUGCUGAAGAUGCAGAGGAGUUGUUUUGCCAAGGGGACGGAGCGGAGUGCCGUGCCGACGAAGAACAGGGGUGUCCCAAACCUAUGGAAGAUGAGGAUGAAGAGGAGGGCAUACAAGAGGAGGAGGAGGAGGGCUUCGAUCCUUCCAUACCAGGACCAAACUCAGAACAAAUUAAGUGCUUGAAAAAGUAUUUUGGCCAUUCCAGUUUCAAACCUGUACAAUGGAAAGCAAUUUACUCCAUUCUGAAUGAAAGGAGAGAUAAUCUUGUCGUCAUGGCAACAGGUUAUGGGAAGAGUUUGUGUUUCCAGUUCCCCCCGGUGUACUGCGGGGGGGUCAGUGUCGUCAUCUCCCCCCUGAUUGCUCUUAUGGAGGACCAGGUGCUCCAGCUCACGAUGUCCAACAUUCCGGCUUGCUUUCUUGGAUCAGCUCAGACCAAUAACGUUAUGGCUGGCGUGAAGAAAGGCUGUUACAGAAUCGUGUACAUGACCCCGGAGUUCUGCUCAGGAAACACGUGGCUGCUGGAGCAGCUUGACAGCGGCGUCGGGAUUUCGGUAAUCGCGAUCGAUGAGGCCCACUGUAUUUCCGAGUGGGGCCACGACUUCAGAGGUGCGUACAGGAACCUCGGAAACCUGAAGAAGAUUCUCGCCGGCGUUCCUAUCAUGGCUUUGACUGCCACAGCGAGUCCCUCUGUACGCGAUGACAUCAUGAAGUGUCUGAAGUUGGUUGAUCCCGUAGUCACCUGCACCUCUUUUGAUCGGCCCAACAUUUUUCUGGGUGUGCGCCGCAAGUCUGGGGAAAUUUUGCAGGACCUGAAGCAGUUUCUGAUCAAGAAGAAUGGCCUCGGCGGCGAUUAUGAAUUCGAUGGCUCUGCCAUCGUGUACUGCCCAUCGAGGAAGGAGGCGGAGCGUGUGUCGUCCGAGCUCUACAAGUUGGGCGUGCUGUGUGGGGUUUACCACGCGGGCAUGGGCAUCACGCAGCGGCGGGAGACGCAGCACCGCUUCAUGAGAGACGAGAUCCAGUGCAUCGUCGCCACUGUUGCUUUUGGGAUGGGAAUAAACAAGGCCGAUAUCCGCAAGGUCAUCCACUAUGGGGCCCCAAAAGAGAUGGAGUCGUACUACCAGGAGAUCGGCCGCGCGGGAAGAGACGGGCUGCCCAGCUCCUGCCACGUGCUGUGGGCGCCGGGGGACAUGGUGUUGAACAAAUUCUUGUUCCUUUUUUGUGUAUAUUUCAGAAAUGCUUCUCCCGCUCUUACAUGUUAUUUGUCUUUUAGGCUAAUUCUUUCUCACUUUGAGGAUAAACAGCUGCGGAAAGUCACAUCUGGCAUUAUGGAAACGGAAGCUUGUUGUGACAACUGUAAGUCUGGGGCCACGCAUGGCUUCAGCAUGGAGGAUUUGAAACCUCAGCAGCAUGAUUUCGGUAAGGAGGCCUACGACCUCAUGAGUGCUGUGAGCGCCCUGAACGAGAGAUUCGGCACGGCCGUCCCCAUCCUGCUGCUGCGGGGCUCGGGCUCUCAGAGACUCCCAGACAGUUACCGCAAGCACCCCCUGUUUGGGGCUGGCAGGGACAGGCCGGAAGCCUGGUGGAAGGCCCUGACCAGGCAGCUCAUCGGGGAAGGGUACCUGAAGGAGGCCACGGGCCACAGCAGGUUCUCCACGCUCUGUAAGCUCACCUCCCAGGGCAAAACGUGGCUGAGGACGGCGGAGAGUGCGGCCCGGAAAAGCCUCCUUCUUCAGCCCGAAGGCGAUUUGAUCUCCUUGGACUCCAGGCCAAGGUCAUUCCAGACCUCAUCUGCGACAGCCUCUGUUCAGAAAGCUCAGCCAAUCCUCUUCCCCAGCCCAGAAAGCAGUAAGGUCACGAGGGCCUCCAGUGCUUCAGUGUGCAGGUCACAGCCUGCCCCCUCAUAUAAAUCUCCCGUGAAAGUGACCAAACCUCCAUGUCCUGCUGUCUCUCCCAGAGAACUAGAGCUACAGGCGGAGCUUUACGGCAAACUCGUGACCGGACGUCAGAAACUGGCCAGUGCGAAGGACAUUCCCCCAGCCAUCCUGGCGACGAACAAGGUUCUCCUGGACAUGGCUAAAGUCAGGCCGUGCUCACUGGCCAGCCUGAGGCAGGUAGAUGGCGUUUCUGAGGCCAAGUCCAGCAUGCUGGUGCCACUGCUCGGAACCAUCAGGGAGUUCUGCCAGGCCCACGGGCUGCAGGCUGGUUUGUCCCCCGGCAGUGCGGCCCCCUCGGAGACAGCGGGCCCGGCCUCCGGUGUGGUGAUUCCCCACCUUGCUGACAGCGUCGCUGUCACCUACAGGCUCUUCCAGGAGGAGAGGAAAAGUCUGAGGCAGGUGUGUGACCAGCGCAGCCUCCCCGUAGCAGUGGUGGAGUCCCAUCUCCUGCAGGCAUUGCAGGCGGGCUGCCCGCUGGACACGGACAGGGCCGGCCUGUCUGCCCCGACGUUUGCCGCCAUCUGCCGCAUCAUCGGCAACUCCGGUAGCCGUUUUCCCGCUUCAUACCCCAUUUAUGCCGAUCUCAGCAAUAUGAAAGCCAUCCGAGCUCUGGUCCCUGAAGACAUCAGCACCUUCCUCAUCCAGCUGGCGGUGACAAGGCUGCAGCAGGAGGGGCCACCCUCACUACCCUCCCCUGUCAGUAACCCACGCAAUGUUGAGACAGAAGAGGAGCUCGCCUGGAUUGAACCCAAGGGCAAACCGGUUACGAGGGAAACGCAUCUGGGGGAAUCUGCUAAAUCACCCAAGGGAGCGGACCCAGACGAGGCGGCCAUGAGCGACGAUGAGCUUUUCUAUCAGAUCUCCAUGCCCGAGGUUUUCCUUUUUCAGGAGGCUGAUCUCCAAGCUAGUGACGUGCCUUGCAGCUCGAAGGAUGUUCCUGCCCCUAAACCCGCGUUACGGACCACAGGGAUCGAAUUGGCAUCCUGGAACCAGUCCCAGCUGGACCAAGACACUAAGGAAUUGUUCUCUGAUUUUCCUGUAAAGGAACUGGACCACAAAGCUGAUGAAGAACCUUCUGGUACAGCGCUGAAACCUGUAAUACGCUCCACGGGGUUGGAGGAAGCGGCAAGGGACCAGCCACGACUCAAGCAAGACACUCAGCCGCAGCCCAGCAAGUCUCCGUCAGUGAGAGCGAGUCAGCCCUCAAAGAGGAAGCUGCCAGACUGGUGCUCACAGAGGGCAUGCGUUUCCUCUGCCGCUGGCGUGAAGCAGUCUAAAAAGAAAAAGGGACUCUUCAUGUAAAUGUCCGGCCCAUCACAACACUCCUCACCUGGGGUGAAAUUAAGUAAAGAAUCACUUUUGCAUGAAUAUGGAGCAGUAUGCCAGUUAAUGGGGGGUGCAGUCUUAGCUGCUAUCCCAGCCUUCUGAGCCUAAACACACCUUUUCUUUCAUGGGUACGCGAUGGGGAAAAAUGUAGCACUAAUGAAAGUUUGUACAUAUGUUUCAAUAUUUCUGUUAAAAUACAUAAAUAAACAAAAAGUUUGAAUUACUGUUAAUAGUUGUUUUUGAUAACAGACUGUUUUCGAAGCCAGAUUUCUGUCAAGUUAUACUGUUAGUGACGCGAGCAUUUUUGUCAUUUGGAAGUACAUUUUAAUAAACAUUUUUGUAUUUAUUAAA